CUUCAUUGUUGCAGCUACAAAUACUUCAAUGACUUGGCACGGCAGGCGCACUCAUCGAAGAUUUCACUGCGACACACUGCGCUCGAAGGACUUUGUCCACCACGCGAUCCGCCCACCUGCAUGCCCGCCUCAGCGCGUUACCGCACACACGAUGGUACUUGCAACAGCAAACGUCGGCCGCGAUGGGGUGCCGCACAAAUGCCAUUCAAUCGUUUUUUGCCACCGGAGUAUGGCGAUGGCGUCGACUCGAUACGGCUGUCUGUAGAGGGUGGAGCUUUAGCCUCUUCGCGCUUCGUCAGUCUGUUGGUGCAUGGUGCGCGUGAUGGUGAAGCUGUUGUAACGCUGAUGACCGCGCAAUGGGGGCAGCUGCUCGAUCACGAUAUGACAUCAACAGCGCAACCGAGAUCGAUCAAUGGCUCGGUGCCGAGCUGCUGUGGCAAUACCGAUUUCCACCCGUCUUGCUUUCCCAUCAAAGUGCCGUUGGAUGAUCCUUGGUUGGCGCCGCUCAAGGUGCGCUGCUUGGAAUUUUUGCGUUCCGCGCCAGCACAGCGCAGAGACUGCGUGCUUUCGUGGCGCGAACAAACCAGUCAAGCGACCUCAUACAUAGACGCCUCGCCCAUUUAUUCGAACAGCGUCAAGUCGUCCGACAAUGCGCGGGUUUUCCGCAAUGGCCUGUUGGUGUAUGGUCGCGGUAAUCCUGCGGAGGAUGUGUGUCAUCGCGGCGCUAUAGCCACGCAGUGCAUACGCGCUGGUGAUGGGCGCAGCGGCGAACAGCCGGGCUUGUUGGCAUUACACCACGUCUGGGUUGGAGAGCAUAAUCGCAUUGCAAUGGAAUUGAGUGAAAUGAACUUGCACUGGAGUGACGAAAAGAUUUAUCAGGAAACGCGUCGCAUAAUAGGCGCCAUGUUUCAACACAUUACCUACAGGGAGUUCUUGCCGAUUGUGUUGGGACGCGAGGUGUGCAGAUUAUUCGACUUAGAAUUGCUGAGUAGUGGCUUUUACCAAGGCUACGAUCCCAAAACGAAUCCAAGUGUAGCGAAUUCAUUUGCAGCAGCCGCAUUUCGGUUCGGACAUUCGUUGGUGCAAAAUUCCUACAUGCGCUGUGACCGGUUUCACAAUUUUAUGCGAAACAAUGUCAGCCUACACGAGGAAUUCCAGCGUGGUGACAUUGGGUCGCCGGGCUCGCUGCAUCGCCUGUUACGUGGCUUAGUGAACCAGCGUGCGCUCAAGCGUGAUGAGUUCAUAACACCAGAGCUGACUAAUCAUCUUUUUCAAACCCCAGGGUUCCCCUUCGGUUUGGAUUUAGCGGCCAUUAAUAUACAACGCGGACGUGAUCAUGGUGUACCACCCUAUACCUCGUGGCGUGUACCAUGUGGGCUCACGCCCAUAAACAGUUGGGAAGACUUCGCCAAUGUCGUUGGACCACAGUCUGCGCAGCGCAUUAGCCAUGCCUAUCGCAGUGUCCACGACAUUGAUCUUUUUGUCGGCGGUAUAGCUGAACGUCCUGUGGUGGGCGGGCUCGUAGGUCCGACAUUCGCUUGCAUUAUUGCUCAGCAAUUCAGCAAUUCGCGCAAAGGUGAUCGUUUCUGGUAUGAAAAUGGCGGCUUUGAAAAUUCGUUCACACCUGCGCAACUGCAAUCAAUUAGACAAGUUUCAUUGGCGCAGGUUCUUUGUCGUACCGUUGGUGGUGGUACCAUGCAACCGCAUGUAUUCUUGCCUACAGAUAUUGAAGGAAAUGAGCGCCAAGUGUGCGGCACAGGCGCAUUGGCGCUCCUCGACUUGAGUCCGUGGAUCGAACAAGAUCCUUUCGCGACCGUUACUACAAAUACAGCACACGAACCAGACCGCGUUUUCGAGAUUAUAACUACUAACAAAAUGACCGAGACCGCGCCGACUGUCUCAUUGCAAGUGGUUAAAGAGAAUAAGGCAGGGUUUUCAAAUCGCAUACGCCCAACAGACCAUACGAACUUGGUGGCCACAGGCAUCAACAGUUUUGUGACGGGCGUUCAAGUGCCUGGCGAAGUGAUUCACAUAAGCGACAAACUGGACAUUCGACAGAAAGUUUCACCCGCGAAGCGACCUACUGUGACAGCAAAACCAAUCAAGGGUGUAAAUAAUAAGCUUGAUAAGAAUCCAUCACGACGACCGCAAAGUACACGACGCACGACAGCGGUAGUGAAUAACAUACCAAUAGAAUUACGAAGUGUCGGAACAGAUGAGACUGGACCUAACAUCAUUGAGACUAAGUCAAAAGGCAUUUCCAUUACAAACGCUCUGAGUACCACUGAAAGCAUGACUGUGGACAAAAUCGAAGCACGAAUAGACGACACGGACCAAGAAGUUGGACUACUACGACUAAACGAUUUACCAUCGACUGAGCAAGAGGAGAAGCACUUAGAUGAACAACCGAACGAAAAUCUUACGGCAAACAUACCGACGAUAUCGACUGCUUUAGAGCAGACUGGAACUAUAAAUGAAAAUAAUUAUACCAAAGAAGGCUCUAAAGAAACCGACUUAAAACGCCAAUCGAAGUUUGAAGUGGACGAACAAGACGCUAUUUUAGCAACUUAUACGGAGAGGACUACUUCGUAUCCGAAUACCGAAAGAGAUCUUACCCGAUUCGACGGAGACUUGACUUCCAAAAUAGAUAACAAAAUUAGUGAACUGAAUUCGGAUUCUAAUCCGAAAGACGUUAUUAAAAAUUCUUCAACUAAUGAAGAAACAAUACUUUCGAAUAUAACACUGAUAAAACAGGGACCAACAGACAGCAACGAUACUCAAGAUACUGCGGAAAUUACUUAUAUGGACCUAACAACAGAUACACACGAAAAUCAUGCAGACGACAAUUUGACACUUAACGACAACAAAAGAACUACUUUUGAAGCAACGCUACUUUUCAAAAUCUUAGACCAAGAACUGAAAACCAAAGAAGAGACUAUUUCCCGCAAAAACCAGACGGAAACACUCACAAAACCAAAUCAAACUGACGAAUGUUUAGAGGCUAAGUCACUUUCUUCGAACAAAAACUUCCACACAAAUGAAAACCGACAAUCUGCAACAAAUAUUAACCAAUUUACAGAACUAGAAUUAAACGAAGAACCGAAACGUUUAGAGCGACGUGGACCUGAUGCUAACAGAAAGUUAAUUGUCGUUAAAGUACCGAACUGGCAUAAUGAGACCAAAAGCAGAUUUCACGCAAAGCCAACUAAGAGUGCAAGCUUGAAGAAAUCAACUACAGUUACAUCAUUAGCAAAUCUGAGCACACGCCCGACUUCGCGACAAUUUGAACUCAGACAAUAUAAAACGCAACCGACAUUUUACACGCGCCCACAGAAGGUGGUAGUAAAUGGACCCAACGCAGACCAAUACGAAAUUGAAAUAAACAUCCGACAAACGAACAAACAAUCAUCCUCAGCACUGCCCAUAACUGCCCCCACGAAUUCUUACACAAACUACUACACAUCGUACAAACCCUUCGGCUUUGACAGAUAUUCACCCAGUUAUGUGGGCACGUACCGCUCGAGCACAAUACCGCCACACCCUUUUUACCCAAAUACACCCGCUGCAUCGUUGAACGUUGUACAAACUCGACGUACUAAACCACCGACUGUCAUUUACAUUAACGAACACGAAGACCGUUAUACAACUACCACACGCACGCCGGGAAUUUUUCAAAAUUUCAUAACAUUUGCCUCUAGUGAUUUUGCAAACAGUAACAAGCCAAAGCAACCGAGUCCGCAUAGCACGUCGGUACAAAAGGAACGCCCAUCUUAUGGAGCUGUUGUAUCGAGCGUGCAUGAGAAUAGUCAUAUUUACGCACCAAAUACAGAAGCAUCUGCCAUUUCACAUUACAUACCACGUCCGUCCGCACAGAAUCCGUCACCAGCCUAUCCAGCUGUGCCCUCGGCAAUUAGUCUAAGCCAGGUUGGCGGAGUAGUAAGCAGCGGUGUUGUACAAGCAACCAGUAGCGCGAUUAGCGCUGGAAAUUUCGGUACUAUUACCGGCGUGGCGCAAGCUAAUGGCGGUGACAGCACUUUUAGUUUUAACAUACGACCCAAACCCAAUGUAGUCGGACAGCCGCAACUUCCAUUGCCACCGAAUCAAAUUGAUGCUGGCAGUUAUGGCUUACUAUCGUCGAACCGUCCCGGCUAUGGUCAAUUACCCAAUCCCGGGUUUUUGAGUUCACAACACUCAGCAGCUGCUUCUAAUGGCCAUACACAUUUUGGUAAUUCACAGAAGGAGAGCGCAAAUAGUCCGUUUUCGAGUGAAAACAAAAAACCCCAAUUGGGAAAUUAUGGCUAUUAUAGCCAAUUACAGAACCUACCGCUAGAGAAGAAAACGAACCUUGAACACAUUGUUACUGUAAACGACUAUGACGAGUAUGCCAUUUCACGUACGCUCGAACCGAUAGUGACCAAGAAUACGACAAACGGAGUGAGCAACGGUACUGAGACUAGCUAUGACAUUGAUGAUGAACGUGAAGACACCGAUGACUAUGAUUACGUGGACGACAUAUUGGGUAUGGGUGAAAAAUUCGACAGUGACGGCUACAUACGACCUGAACAUAUGAUAGAUGCACUGAUUAAAUCAAAAGAAAACGAACUGAAAAACUUGACUGCGCACAGGAACAACACUACGAAACCUUUGGACGACAACUACGUACUACCAGUACUCAAUACAACGACAGAAACGCUGAAACUCAACAAUACCGCUGAGACGUUAGAACGAAGUACCGAUAGGAACACGACAAGAACGUUUAACCCAACGACGCAAGCGCUAAUAGAAAAUGUAACUCCUUUUACCGAUGUUGAGGGCAAAAAUCUAAACAAUGACAUAUUGGCCGAAGACUAUGACGACAUGACGACCGAAACUUUAAUUGCCACCAAAACGAAUAUAAUCGAAACAAUAGCCACCGACAAACAGGUUCUAAAAAGUACGGAAAUAGAACGAAGGAAGGCAGUCUCAAAAUUUGCUGCACCAGUUGCCUUUGCGCCUAUUAAAAUUUUGACAAAAUUAGAACGGCCAGAUAAUUGGGUAAUUUACGAUUCUCCCAAAAACUAUCCGCUUCUGCCAGAAUUACCGGCAAUGAAUGAGUACUCGUCGGCUCCCACUGAUGAAGUACCAAUGCCUAUAAAAGGUCUGGCUAGCAUUUGGUUGAAGAAAAUCAAGAGGCAAAAAGACAAAAAUAGAGCACAAUUUCUCGUUACCGAUGUGCCAGCCGACAACGAGGCAAGAAUGCAAAAUGAAGAGUUCGUGAAGUUCAAUUCGGAAGAUUUUACAACACCUUCUCCAGCGAACAUGGCCGUCGGCAAGGCUUAGAGGUGGCUAUGAGUUCUACUUCGGUCGGCUAAUAAUGCGUGGGUGAUACGGGCU